AUGGCUGAUGUCCAAGCAGAAAAAGCUUUCCAAAAGCAAUUGUGUGUUUUCACCAGAAGCGUCCAAUCCAAGACCAUCAAGGGUAAGGAAGGUAUCAGAUACUACAAAUCGAUCGGUCUCGGUUACCGUGUACCAAAGGAUGCCAUCGAUGGUACCUACGUCGACAAGAAGUGCCCAUUCACCUCUAACGUUUCCAUCCGUGGAACCAUCUUGAAGGGUGUUGUCGUCUCAACCAAGAUGAGAAGAACCAUCAUCAUGCGUAGAGAUUACCUCCAUUACAUCAAGAAGUACAACCGUUUCGAGAAGAGACACUCUAACAUCUCUGCCCACGCUUCACCAGCUUUCAACAUCAAGGAUGGUGACUCUGUUACCAUCGGUCAAUGUCGUCCACUCGCCAAGACCGUCAAGUUCAACGUCAUCAAGCACGACCCAUCCGCUGCCUCCAAGAAGCAAUUCAAGGCUUUCUAA